UCGCGAGGUUGAGCAGCCAUUGUCAACCCACAACAAGCAAGAAAGAGGAAGACAAGUGAGCUGCGAGACAACAGAGGAAAUUAUGAUUUGUUGAAAAAUAAUGGCAGGUUUACUGUUAUAGAUGUAACAGUCCGUAGCGAUUAGGUUAUAUUUUGUGCACCUCAUCGCGGGGAUCCAGCUCGGCAGUGAAUAAGCAGUAUUUGAUUUCUACUCCCCUGAUGUCUGCUGAGGCAUCUGGUUCAUCUGGUGGGAAUGUGGUGACUGUGUCCGGUUCUGCCUCAUCGUCCUCCAGCCAUGUUGGGGAAGGAAAGGCCGACAGGAGCCUGGCGGGCAGUAAGUAUGUGAAGCUCAAUGUGGGGGGAACUCUCCACUACACCACCGUCCAGACGCUCAGCAAGGAGGACAGUCUGCUCAGGAGUAUUUGUGAUGGGAGCACGGAGGUCACCAUAGACUCUGAGGGCUGGGUGGUGCUAGACAGAUGUGGGAGACACUUUUCCCUGGUGCUGAACUUCCUGCGGGACGGGACAGUUCCUUUGCCGGAGAGCACACGGGAGCUGGAGGAAGUGUUGAAAGAGGCGCAGUACUACAGGCUCCAGGGUCUUGUUCAGCAUUGCCUCACCACAUUACAGAAACGCAGAGAUGUCUGCAGGGGUUGUCACAUUCCUAUGAUCACUUCAGCCAAAGAGGAACAGAAAAUGAUAGCAACAUGUAGGAAGCCAGUGGUGAAACUGCAGAAUAACAGAGGGAACAAUAAAUACUCCUAUACCAGCAACUCUGAUGAUAACCUUCUGAAGAACAUCGAGCUGUUCGAUAAGCUGGGGCUGCGCUUUAAUGGCAGAGUGUUGUUCAUUAAAGACGUGUUGGGAGAUGAGAUAUGCUGCUGGUCUUUCUACGGCGAGGGACGCAAGAUUGCUGAAGUCUGCUGCACCUCUAUUGUUUAUGCCACUGAGAAGAAACAGACCAAAGUUGAGUUCCCAGAAGCUCGUAUCUUUGAGGAGACACUCAACAUUUUGAUCUAUGAAAAUGGGCGAGGCUCUGGUUCGGGAGGCAUGGCCCUGCUGGAGUCAGGGGGCGUCUCGUCACCAGGUGUGGGCCAGUCGGAGGAGGAAGGGGCGGGUGUAGGGGGCGGGGAUAGGCGGGUGAGGCGCAUUCAUGUUCGGAGGCAUAUUAUGCAUGAUGAAAGGGGUCACGGACAGCAGACUGUUUACAAAGACUGAAUCAGAUGGUACAGUGUUGAUGGUACGAUGUUGUUUUGCAUGUAAAAAAAAUAGAAUGAAUGGUUGUGAAAAGAAAGACAACUUUUCAAUACUGCACUGAAAUGGGAGGGUUGAGGGUAAUUAUGGGCUAGUUUAGAAAUAAUACUGAAGUUGCCACAGUGUGGCACAGUUUUGUUUUUUUCUGUGAGAUAAAUUUACCUUUUUUCAUUUUUUGUUAAAUUUAAUUUAUUAUUCAGUUAAUUUAUUGUCCAGAAUUUUCACUUUUUUAAGUUUCAAUGUGAUAUAAGUUUUUUUUUUUUUUUUAUUGUUCUGAUUUGUUUGUAUGGGCCAUGUGAAAGUUUAUAUUUCAGUGUUUAAUAGUAAACUGUGAUGUAUGCUGACUUGAGUUGUUGAGAGUGAUGAGAGGUACAUGGUGGAGGUGUCAUGUUGCAUAGGACUGUCAGAUCUUCUUAGAAACUGACCAAAUGUGCGCAGCUUGUUGCAGCCAUAGAUAGCAGGGGGUCCAGUUUUAAACAUCCUUUUGUAACGCAAAAAUAAAGCUUAACAAGUAAAUAGUUUUACACAACUGUGCCUCACGAUUGGUACGUAAAAUUUGGGAUGGACAAUAUUUCUAAAACUAAUAUUGUUACUGUUUAAAAAGUAAAUGAUCACAGUAGUUUCUAACGUGAUAUCAUUGAACACAGAAAUGGGUUAGAAGGAUUGAAAUACUUCUAGCCACAUCUGCACUAAACAAUGUUAUAAUUUUAUUCAGAAUCAUUUCUAGACAAAGAUGGCUCCUGAAAUGAUGACAGUAGUUACCACUAAGUUACAAACCACUUCAUAAAUCUAUGUUUUAUUGACAAAUGUAAGCCAUAAAUGUAUGCACUCACUGUCCCUGGACCAAAAACACCUCCUUAAUUCUGCCAAUUAAUCUAGAAAACCGUCCAAAUGUUGUCUUGGAAUAUUAAUCAAAUCGAGUUAAUAUUCCAUUAACAUUUUCAAUAAAAAUGCUUUUUGGUAAAA